UGAUUCAGCUGUGCCCGGAAGCCCUCUCCACUUUGAGCCAUUAUUUGUUCUCCCUCAAUUACUUAUUGUAACGAACUUCAAAUAAACGUGUGCUUUACUGUUAAACGAAUCAUUGAAGGUUUUCCCGCAGAUAAGACAGGGUUCUUAAAUGAUUGCCUUCGCGAUGCUUCUAAAACUCUUGCUGCUUAUUACUGUAUUGGUAAUUCUCAUGGAAUUUACAAACGCUGGAUCAGAAUGUGAGAAACAAAGAGACAGUGCAAACCAACGCCGAAGAGGUAGGUUAGGAUCAUUUGUCCCGAGAUGUGAACAAGACGGUUCGUUUUCGAAGAUGCAGUGUCAUUCCUCCACUGGCUACUGCCACUGCGCAGAUCCGCAGACAGGAAAACCGAAAACCGCAGCAACAAGGGAUAGCGGCACUCUCAAAUGCGCUUAAAUAUUUUGAUGCACUUUAAUAAAUAACAUCAGCAAUUUGAUAGAAUGUUGUAUUAUUGAGUUAUUUUUAGAAUAUGCCCUGAAGUUUUCUUUCAGAAGAUAAAAUUUUAAAAAUAAAUUAUUCUUAUAAAC